UUUCCGGCCCGGGUGGGUCGGAGCAAGGAAGUUGCGCCGCCGACUCGUGCCGCCGCUCUUGGCUACGCGGUGCGCGCGGGGCUGCCGGCUGCCGCCGCCAUGCCGAUGAAGGGCCGGUUCCCGAUCCGCAGGACGCUGCAGUACCUGAACCAAGGCGACAUCAUCUUCAAGGACGCCGUGAAGGUGAUGACGGUGAACUACAACACGAGGGGGGCUUUAAGCGAAGGAGCCAGAAAAUUUGUGUUUUUCAACAUACCUCAGAUUCAGUACAAAAACCCUUGGCUUCAGAUUGUGAUGUUUAAGAACAUGACACCAUCGCCAUUCUUAAAAUUCUAUUUAGAUACUGGAGAGCAAGUCCUGGUUGAUGUGGAAGAGAAGACUAACAAAGAGAUCGCAGAACAUGUUAAGAAAGUUCUUGGUAAAAGCGAGGAAACACUGCAGGGAGAAGCACAAGAGAAAAUGAAGCUACGGCAUCCCGCAACGUUUGGCCCCAAAAAGUACCACUUGCGGGAAUGUAUGUGUGAAAUUGAAGGCCAAAUUCCCUGCCCUGGUAAAGUGCCAUUACCAAAGGAGAUGACUGGGAAAUAUAAAACUGCCAUGAAAGAGAGUGCUGCUUCCUAAGCCAACUUUCUACAGCAGGGAGUAAAGCAUUUAGACUGACAUGCAAGUGGGCAUCUUAACACUGAUGACAACACAUUGGUCUUUUUACAAACCAUCAUUUAAGUAACAGAAAAAUAUCUGGACUUACUUAAAACAAGUAAGGAUGAAUCUUUUAAAUAAAUUCUGGAAUUGUUCUUGUGAUGGACUGGAUUGUGAAUAUAUAUGUUUGCCAUUUGUUUUUAAAUCAAAGGAGAACACAUCUUGGUCGAACCCUGGUUUAAUGAAUCGUGUGCUUUUUUUGUCUAACAUACAACCAUCCAAAUACAGAAUCCUGUCUAUAUAUGUGCCUGGUCUUGGGAGGACAGGCUCCCCCUUCACUCAAAUAGCUGCUCUUAGUGGCAAAGGCUCUGGAUUUAACAAAUCUCUGGAUUAUGUGCAAGUUUUAGGUAUGCCGCAGAUCUGUAGGAGCAGUGGAAAAGGGCAGGGUAUGGGUUGUAUUGGGUGUCAGCUUGACUUCCUAGAGAUGGUUAUGGUUAAACAGCAUGGUUAUGGUUAUGGUUAAACAGUUUUGGUGUUUAUAAAAGCAAAUACAUCCAUGCAAGAGUGAAUAAUGCCUGCUAAAGUCCCGGCAACAAAGGUAGCUAAAAAGAUCUCCAGUGGUUAGAUAGGCAAGGAGAAGGACCAGUCCUGAAGUCUGUCUAUCCAACUAGCGUGAAUGAGGCUGGUUUGCGUAAUGUACACGUGGCAGGAAUUAAAUUACCAGGGCACAGAAAUUAAAAGUUUAGAAUGAAGUAACAAAACUGAAUCAACCCCCAAACUGCUUUUGCUGGUAAUAGGUUGAGCUGCCCCAUAUGAAAAACACAAGAGCUAGUGGGUGGAGGUGGUGUAGUCAAAAUAUUUUUUUCUAUUCAAAACCAUAGGGCCUUGAGAAAACUUGGCAUUAAAAUUUACUGCAUUUCUCCCCCAGUUUUGGUUAAGGCUGUUCUUUAAAAAAAGAUAAAGGUAAAGGACCCCUAACAGUUAAGUCCAGUCACAGACGCCUCUGGGGUUGUGGCACUCAUCUCACUUUACUGGCCGAGGGAGUCGGCGUUGGUCCACAGUUUUUCCGGGUCAUGUGGCCAGCAUGACUAAGCCGCUUCUGGCGCAACGAAACACCGACACCAGAGCAGCACACGGAAACACAUUUUACCUUCCCGCCAGAGUGGUACCUAUUUAUCUAUUUGCACUGGCGUGCUUUUGAACUGCUAGGUUGGCAGGAAAACUCAAAAGGGAAGGGGCUUGUUGAAAGUGCAGCAACUGACUUGGGCCUCUUAUUUAACACGAAAAUCACACAUACAAACCAACAUGUUAUUUUAUUUCUUCGAAGCUUGCCAAAUUAAGAGUAGUGCAUGCAAGUAUAUAAACAGAUGUCUUUAAUGUUAAUUCUCACAAUGGCAUGGUUUUGUUCUGUUUCAUAGUGUAAAUUCAGUAGUACAAAUGGAAGGCUGUCAAAAUGUGAGUCUACCACCAUCCUAUCAAGAAGGCUAGUUACAUUUCACACUUACUCGCAGUCAGAGCUACAAACCAACAUAGUUACUAGUAAAAAUACAUCAAUACUAUGUCUUUAAAGAGUAUUAGACCUUGGAGUACCUAAAAACAAGGCAGAAUUGAUGUAACAAGGAAAUAUAUUUUAAAUGUAAAAAAAAGCCACUGAAACGUUCAUUUUGGCUGGGAUAUACAAAGUAUGCCAGUUAAGUCUGGUGUCUUGAUGCUUAGAAUAAAGUAUAGAUGGUUUUGUUUUAGACAAACCACUGCUCCUUAGCUAGUAGUCACAUAAAAGCUGUGGUGCUUGCUUACUUUAGCUAUAUACAUAAAUUUAUUUAUUUACUGCAUUUUACUACACAUCUCUGGUUACCCAAUAUUUAGCCUGUCCUGUUAGAUUUGUUAGGUGCACCUGUUCCACAAGCCCAAUCCCAGUUAUUUCCAAUUAGGAAAAAGAAAAACACCUUAAAUUCUUAGGUCAUCUGCCCUUACUACUCUUGCCCCAAGUUCUGUCUUCAGGUCUGUUUCCACAGGAUGGCUCAAUGCAAUUCUGAGUGCUUUUUAAACAAUAUAGUUUUAGUCAAUACUUUGUAAAUCAAAUUAAUUUUGUAGCUGAGCUCAUUUUCCUCCUACCCCGCCUCACCAAAGCUACCACUGAAACAGUUUUAGUCAAUACUAUAUGUAUAUUAAAUUAGUUAUUUAACUGAGCAUAUUCCUCCCACCAGACAGAAAAAUCGAAUGAAAGGGAAACUAGAAGGAAUAGGGUUUUUUUCUAAAUCGCCUAAAGCCAUGCCCCAAAUAAAGAAGUUAUAUAGAAUUGAUUCUGUAAAGUGCUACUUUUACUCUUGACCAUAUUAAGCACCUCCCAAGUAACAACACAUCUCUGUAAACAUUUUUCUGGAAUCCCAACAGUUUGAAUUACUGUUCAGGUUUAGAAAUCCUGAACCAGCUAUUAGUGUCUUGCUACUCCUGGAUUAAUCCCUUGUUUCUGUGUGUAGUAUUUAAGCCAACGCUUUUGAAUGUGUGAAAAUCUACAUUUUUUUAUACAGCCAAGCUAACUCAGGUCCCAACUAAUGGGCCUUUCGCCCACUCAUGACUGAAGCAAAAUUUGAUUUCUAGAAGUCCAUAAUAAUCCUCAGGAGUCAGCCCCCAUGUGUAACAUUCAAAUUGUUCU